AUGGCAGAAGUAUGCAAACUGUUGGACAUAGAAAAGACAAGGUGUACGCCAGGACACCCACAGUCCGACGGAGUGGUGGAACGUUUUAAUAAGACGUUGUUGAACAUGCUGGCGUCGUACGUGUCAGCAAACCAGAAAGAUUGGGAUGAACAUCUACCAUAUCUCAUGAUGGCAUAUAGAUCAAGCAGACAUGAAUCUACAAGGGAAACUCCGAAUGCGCUGAUGCUCGGUAGAGAAGUUAGUCUACCAAUUGACGUCAUGAUGGGACUGCCGGAGUCAGAACAGCCUUUGGAAGAGACAGAAUAUGCUUUGGAUUUAAGAGAGAAGAUGGAAAGUGCUUUUGAGCAUGUAAGACUUCAGCACAGCACUAGAUACAGCACAGUCAAGACAAAAGAAGGUAUACGACCGUUUGAAAAACGGAUCGCCUUACAAGGUUGGAGACGUAGUGUGGCUGUGGAACCCGAUCAGGAGGAAAGGAUUUUCGCCGAAGCUGCAGCGAAAUUGGACAGGACCGUUUAUGGUUGUUGGAAAGAUCGACGACGCAGUAUACAAAUUGCAAAAGUCAAAAUGUUCCAAAGCUGUGGUGAUACACUUUGA